AUAAAUAAUAUUCUAUUUAAUUAUCUUAAGAACUUUUAUAUAGCUUAUUUUAAUAAUAUUCUUAUUUAUUUUAAUAAUAAGCUAGAAUACGAACUUUAUAUAAAGAAAUAUUUCUUAGAAAAUAAUCUAGCUAAGGGCUUUAUUAAAGCUAAUAUUAAGAAAUCGGAAUUUAAAAUUAUAUAUAUAAAGUAUUUAGGCUUUAUUAUCUCUAUAUCUAGUAUUAAAAUAGAUCCUAAUAAAGUUAAAAUAAUAUAUAACUAG